AUUAUAACAUGCAUUAUUAUCAUAUACUCUAAACAUGUUUGGUCUUUUACAUUGAAUGACGACACUAACUCAGGCUGAAACUAUGAGCCAGUAGGAUUUGCUUGGGGGAGGUACCAUGGGUUGGACCAAGACACUUGAACACAUAAAUCAGAUGUACAACAGAGACUGUUUGUCUCUUCUUCUUCUUGAUGAUGGAGAAGGAGGACCGAUUAGAGUUCUGCUUUCCACAACUCAUCAACAUCUCCUGCAGGAAGCCCACGUCUCAUUGGUCUGAUGGUGUUUUGCUAAAUGUUGUCCUGGGCAUCAUCUGUAUCUUCACCGUGGUUCUCAACUUGCUGGUCAUCAUCUCAAUCUCCCACUUCAGGCAGCUCCACACUCCCACCAACCUCCUCCUCCUCUCUCUCGCUGUCUCUGACUUUCUGGUGGGCCUCCUGGUAUGGCCUGGUGGGAUCUACAUGAGAACAUCCUGCUGGACUCUUGGUGAUGUUUUUUGUUCUCUGUGGUUCUACAUCACCGUCUCACUGACGUCUGUCUCAGUAGGAAACAUGGUGCUGAUAUCAGCUGACCGUUAUGUGGCUAUUUGUGAUCCUCUGCAUUAUAACACCAAAGUCACUGUGAAAAGGGUUCAGCUUUGUGUUUGUCUCUGUUGGUUCUUUUCUCUCCUCCUGUGUAGCAUCAUCUUGAAAGAUGGUCUGACUCAUCCUGGAAAGGCUAAUUCCUGCUAUGGAGAGUGUGUUAUUGGCAUUGACUUUGAAGGUGCGAUUGUUGACCUUGUAAUGAUCUUCAUUCUUCCGUUCAGCAUCAUCGUUACUCUGUACACGAGAGUGUUUGUGGUUGCUGUGUCUCAGGCCCGAGCCAUGCGUUCUCAUGUUACAUCAGUCAAACUACAACAUCCAGUCUCUGUCAGAGCAAAAACAUCAGAGUUGAAGGCAGCCAGGACUCUUGGUGUCCUGGUCCUUGUCUUUAUCGUGUGUCUCUGUCCAUUUUACAGCGUUUCUCUCGCAGAAGAGCUGUUAGACUGGUUGUCACUCUGCACAUACUGCAGCCUGGCUCCUGGGGGGACAACAUACUGUAAAGAAAAGACGGGCUUUCUUUCUCUGUGCAAUAUAAAACAAAAUGUAAACACAUCUUGUUAUAUCUUUCAUCUGAGUAUUAAUGCUGAUUGUACUUGACAGUUAUUUGCUUAAUUGUUACUAACUGAAAGUAAGCCUGUUCGAUUUGAUUUAAAAAUUGGAAACCGGAGUACCCGGAGAAAACCCACGCAUGCACGGGGAGAACAUGCAAACUCCACACAGAGAUGGCCGAGGGUGGAACUGAACUCCGGUCUCCUAGCUGUGAUGCCUGCGUGCUAACCACUCGUCCACUGUGCAGCCCUGAAACGAAUGAUUUUAUCUUAAAAAUGUUUUCCCAAUAACAUGAGCGGUACAUGGUAUUUAUUUUUGACCCCGUCCCUGAAAACUGAGUAUUGUCUACACUUGUCAUCUGUAA